AUGGCCACCAAGACCCAAGCCCCAUCCGCCCAGGCAGCAUCCGCCACCGGCCAUGUUCUCCUCCCCCGCAUAACCAUUGCAUUUUGCACGCAAUGUAAGUGGAAUCUACGUGCCGCCUACUACGCACAAGAACUGUUGCAGACCUUCGGCACCUCGCUGGGCGAGGUCGCACUACUACCUUCCACGGGCGGAACCUUUGUCAUAACCCUGUACCACUUGCCUUCAAAUCCCAACAGAGCCAGAGAAGCCCCUGGCGGCAUCAACGACGAGGUUGGUGAGGACAGCAAGCAGGGCGCGGAUGCCAAGUCGCCAGGCGAAGUCCAGGUUCAGCAAACGGUGGUAUGGGAUCGCAAGGUCGAUGGCGGGUUUCCCGAAACGAAGGACCUGAAGGGUCGGGUAAGAGACUUGGUGGAGCCGGGGAGGGGUUUGGGCCACACCGAUCGGGCUUUACGAAAAGGGAAAGGGGAAGACGGAGGUGCAGAUGCGAGUACGGCGGCCUUGAAGGGCACAGAGGGAAAUGUCGCAGUAGAUGAUGGACGGAGAGGGGACGGCAAGACUGAGGCAGAGGGUGGGAAUAUGGACGCCGAGGGUAACGCCGAGGGUCGUGCAAAGGCGCGGGAGUGCGAAGAUUGCAAGUGA